ACCACCACCACCACCACCACUCUCCUCCCUUCUCCUUUUCUUCAACCCUCAGAUCAACCACUACUCACUCCCUCACUCCCACAACAUCUUCCUCUGCACGGUUACAGUGCUCCUCCCCCCUUCCUCCGAAACCCCCCGUUGAGCUCCGGCCAGAGAGAGAACUGCUCAGAGAAGCAGCAGAUCCCGCGCCAUUAAUGCCCUCCCUCCUCCUCUGCGUGACCCUGCCCUCUUCACGCCACGACGUCGCUGCCCUCUCCCUUGAAUAGCUUCCCUUCACGCGCAAAGAGAGAACUUGAGGAUGGAGCUGAGUAAGGUCACCCUGGAGAUCUUCACCAAGCUCGAGCAGAAGUGGCUCUCCCACUGCUGCGAGCCCCCCCGGCGCACCCGCCUCCUCUGCAUCGACGGCGGCGGCACCUCCUGCGCCGUCGCCGGCGCCGCCCUCGUCCGCCUCGAGGACCAGAUCCGCCUCCGCACCGGCGACCCCGCCGCCUCCCUCUCCGACUCCUUCGACCUCCUCGCCGGCACCGGCCUCGGGGGCGUCCUCGCCGCCAUGCUCGCCGCCGGCGACGCCUCCGGCCGCCCGCUCUACUCCGCCCGCGAGGCCGUCGAGGCCCUCACCGCCCGGGCCCCCGAGAUGUUCCGGCCCGCGGGGAUCCUCUGCCGGCGACGGCGGAGGUUCUCCGGGAGGAGCAUGGAUAAGGUGCUGGAGGAGCUGUUCACGCGGGAGGACGGGAGGUGCCUGACCCUGAAGGACGCGCGCAAGCCCCUGCUGAUCCCGUGCUUCGACCUCAACAGCUCCGCCCCGUUCGUGUUCUCCCGCGCCGACGCGACCGACUCGCCGAGCUUCGACUUCGAGCUCUGGAAGGCCUGCCGGGCUACAUUGGCGACGCCGGGGCACUUCAAGCCGUUCGCGCUGGCCUCCGUCGACGGGAAGACCUGCUGCGCGGCCGUCGACGGCGGCCUGGUGAUGAACAACCCGACCGCCGCCGCCGUCACGCACGUGCUCCACAACAAGGGGGACUUCCCGUCGGUGAACGGCGUGGAGGACCUGCUGGUGCUGUCCCUGGGCAACGGAUCGGCCGCCGGCAAGGCGCCGCCGCGCGGCGGCGAGUGCUCGACGUCGGACGUGGUGAGCAUCGCGCUGGACGGAGUGUCGGAGGCGGUGGACCAGAUGCUGGGGAACGCCUUCUGUUGGAACCGAGCGGACUACGUCAGGAUUCAGGCGAGCGGGGUGGGAAGAGAAUGCCGGAAAGGGGAGGAGGAGGAGGUGCUGGCGGAGAGGGGGGUGGAGUCGCUGCCGUUCGGCGUGAAGCGGCUGCUGACGGAGACGAACGGGCAGCGCCUCGACGGCUUCGUGCAACGGCUCGUCGCCGCCGCCGCCUCGGGGAGGAGUAGCCUGCCGCCGAGCCCCUGCAAGGACUCGCAUCCCGCCGUUAGCCCCCUCGUUAACGGCCGUUGACUAAGCUCUCUCUUUAAUUUUUAUUUUAUUUUUUUGCCUUUUUCCUUGCCUUAGUCUCCUUUUUUUUGGGGGGGGGGUAGUUUUCCCACUUUGUUGUAACUUUGUGUAACGAGCCUCAGCUUAACUUGGCCUUUGCCUUUUCCAAUGGCUUUUUAGAUUUAGGUGGGAGCCAAUUAGCCUGAGAUGCGUCCCUCUCAAUGUGUAUGUGGCGAGAAGAAAAAUGGAGUUUCUUUAGCUGCUUUUGGUA